AUCAGUUGUUAAAUACUGUCAUUAAUGAUCUACCAUUAUCGAUCAGUCUCUCUUGCGGCGUGUUUGUGGCUUCAGUUGUUCUACUCGAUCAUUGAAAAUGGCAAAAGUCACUGACUUGAUAGCAAACUGCUACCAACAGAAGGUGACAUUCUCUAUCGAAGUGACCCCAGACGUAUCAACAUCAGAGUUGGACAGUCUAUCCAUAGAGCCACUGUUCUACUCCAUAACUUGGCAUGCGAAGACCCAUAAGAAUGAAAACCUGGACAUCGCCCCAUUGCGAUUGGCGAGAUAUCUAAGAAAUAAAAAUAAAGAGGUCCUGAUGCAUCUGUCGUGCGAUAUGCUCAGGAAGGAGUUCUUGCUCCAGUUACUAGAUACUUUUAAGGAAAUAAAAGUUUGCAACCUGUUUGUUGUUUUAGGUGAAGGGUUCAAUCCACAAUCGUCAGACUUUCAAAAUAGCGAAGAACUAAUCAAAACAAUCAGAAAUGAAACAGGAGAUUACUUUUGCAUUGGGGUGGCAGGCCUGCCCGACUGCAGUGACGAAAAAUUACUACAACUAAAACACAAAGUCGACAUCGGCGCUAACUUCGUACUAACACAAGCCUUCUUCGAGUCCAAAAUAUAUGAGAACUUUAUCAAGAGGUCUAAAUCCGCCGGAAUUAAUGUGCCUAUUAUUCCAGGAGUAUUCCCAUUCGAAACGUACCAACAGCUAUCAGGAUUUAUUAACAUGUGCAAAAUAAAAGCCUCGCAAGAUAUUUUAGAUUACGUCAAGAACCAGGACCAAUCGGAAGAAAUUCCAGGAAAAAAGAUAACUCAAAAUUUAAUCAAAUCGAUAGCAACUGGAACUAAGAUGAAACAUUUUCAUUUGUUUUCUAUAAAUCGCCUGUCUACCGUUGUUUCUAUUGUUCAGCCAUUAUUGUAAAUAAACUGCUGCUUUCAUAAAAAAA